AUGGCCAGGACAACCAAAAUCAGCCAGGCGCCAGUGUCUACGUCUGCCGGGGACGAUGCCAACGUUCGCAAGCGGAGGGCUCACAAAAAGUCUAGGCUAGGCUGUCGCAAUUGCAAAAUACGCCGGGUGAAAUGCAACGAAGUUCGACCAAUGUGCGGGAAGUGUCUGGAGUACGGCGUGCUAUGCAACUACGAUCCUAGUAUACCUGAUCUUCAACCCCGAACCGUUGCUUCCGAGCUUGGCUGUUUGCACUCGAGGAUGGAAAAGUCCCCUCUGGGAACCACUAAGCCUGUCUUAGAUAUGGUCAAUGUCUCGUUGAACAGAAACACUGAUGGACCAGAGUUGUGCCGCAUCGACAAAUCUGACCUGGCGCGACUUGACAGAUUCCAGUCUAGAACAGUUCUGACCAUUGGCACUAAGAAAGUUGCUCGGGUUUUCCAGCAUGAAACCAUCUCGAUUGCCUGUUCGCAACCCUUCCUCAUGCACCUCGCCCAGGCAGUGACGGCAUCCCACGAUCGUUACUUGUGCGGAAGGGCCACCUCGAGACCUAGCACAGCCGAAGCCUACCACCUGAACAAAGCUUUGGUCGCCUUUCAGAGCAUUCUUUCUCGCCCCAUUAAACAAGGAGAAGGGGAUGCGUUGAUCGUCGCCUCUUCUCUCUUGGGGGUUGUGAGUUUCUUCAACCUUGAGGCAUCGUCUGUCGAAGACGUUUGGCCGUUGCAGGACACUGACAUGGCAUGGCUCAAUUUAAGCGAGGGCAAACAUGCCAUCUGGCGACUGGCAACCCCGUUGAAAGGCGACAGCCUUUGGCGAAAGGUUGCCUACCUCUUCGAUUGCGAGAAGUUGCCUGAAGAUCAAUUUCCAGAACACACUCCUUCGAUCUUCGAUCAUCUCUGUGCUGAAGACCCCUCGUCACCAUCAGCACGGUCCAACCCUUAUUACAAGACUGCACAACAACUUCUACCCUUACUCGACCUUGAAUGCAACGACGCCACCUGGUUGAUGUUUCUUGGGUUUGUCAGCCAAAUGGAUCCUCGCUAUAAGUCCCUACUUGCGCAGAAAGAUCCUUGGGCGCUGCUGAUGCUUUUGUAUUGGUAUAUGAAGGUUUGCCGGAGUGCUUGGUGGGUGUCGUCUCGAUCUAUUCUCCAAGGGCACGCAAUCUGCCUGUAUCUCACACGAUAUCAUUCCCAUGAUAGGACCAUAGUCGCAGCUUUGGAGAAGCCGAGUAUGGCAUUCGAGACUGCACGACUGGAAGGGUUCGGAGGAAUAUCUUCUGCAGUAAGCAGUCCGGGGUGGUCUUAG